AAUUUGGUAGGGGUUGAUUAAUGCAAGACAAACAGUUUUCCCCGAGGCUAGGCAUAGAUUGUGUGCCAGGCAUUUAUAUGCCAAUUGGCAAAAAAUUUUCAGAGGGAAACUAUUAAAGAAAAGAUUCUGGAUUGCUGCAAGGUCAACAUAUGAAGGUCAAUUCAACAAAAACAUGGAGGAGAUCAGAAAUUUAUCCAUGGAAGGACAUGAUGCCUUAAAAUCAAUCCCACCAGAGCUGUGGUGCAAGGCAUUCUUUGACACAUCAUGUAAAUGUGAUGCCGUGGAUAACAACAUGAAUGAGACCUUCAACAAUUGGAUAAUGGAUGCCAGGUAUAUGCCAAUCAUCCAACUGUUAGAAUAUAUACGGGUUAAGGUGAUGGUUAGGAUGGCUAAGAACAGAGAAGAAAUCAGCAAAUGGAGAGGAGAUAUAGCACCCAGAAUUAGGAAGAAAUUAGAAGCACAUAAGAUUGAAGCUGCCAAAUGCAGAUGUGAAUGGAAUGGCAGGACCCAGUAUGAUGUUUGGCAUUGGAAAGAAAAAUUUGUUGUGGAUUUGAUUGGGAAAAAUUGUAGUUGUAGAGCAUGGGAUUUAACAGGAAUUCCAUGUCCUCAUGCAUUGUCUGCGAUAGGUUUAGGUAACUUUGAUCUGGAUGAAUUUGUAUCAAUUUGGUACAAAAGGGUUAAGUAUGAACGUGCAUACAAUGUACCAAUCAUGCCUUGUAAUGGUGAGAAAUUCUGGGAAAAUUUUCAUGGGGAGCCAUUAGAACCACUGCCAUUUAAAUGCAAGCAUGGUAGGCCGAAGGUGAAUAGGAGGAAGGGUGAUAAUGAAACCAGAAAAGUGAAGGUGGGACAGCUAGAAAAGAUGACAAAGGAAGGUGGACAAAUCACGUGCUCACUUUGCAAGCAACCUGGACACAACAAGAGGGGAUGCCACAAAAGGCCAACUGAAAGUGAAGGAGCAUCAGCAAGCACUCACCAGCCAAUACCAAGAAAACCUCCAACUUGUGGAUAUUGUAAGCAGCCUGGUCACACCAGGACAACAUGCACUGCUAGAUAUUUUGUUGAUGAAAAUUCUGGUCAAUCUGAUGGACUAGGAAGAAAGAAGAAGCACAGAUUUGGUGAAUACAUUAAUUCACCAGAAUUGAAUCCUCAAGGUCUGCAAGGGGAGACUGCUAUGAGACAUACCCAUCCUAGCCAAUUUCAUAAGGCACAGCCACCUCGGAAAUCAGCCAAGAAGAAGGGAUCAAGUGAAGCUUGAGGAAUGGUUCUUCUUUUUUUCUUUUUUCUUUUUUUUUUUUUGGUUUGAUGCAUGGGAGUAAAGAACUUUGGUUUAAGGUUGCAGAAGGUGUUUUCUGUAGGUAAUAUGUAAAUGCAGUAAAUGCAUGGAAACAAAGUGGCUCACAUGCUCUUGUAUCUACUUUGGUAGGAUCUGUAUUUGGCAAGAAUAUGUAGCAUUUUUUUUUUUUGGUUUGAUGCAUGGGAGUAAAGAACUUUGGUUUAA